GAUUAGUGUGAUAGUUUGUGCUGUCUGAGAAAAGAUCCCUUACAGAAACAAGUUUUCCUGCUUUUCAAGUUGGAUUUUUUAUACAGUUAUGAGUUUGCAAAGCUAUUUGUGUUUUAUUUUGACUUCAAUGUUCAUCGCCUUGUGGAAAUCAAAUGUUUUAAGCGACACUGUUGUCCCUGUUGGCCAUUUGAAACCGCUCGGUUCUCAUAGACCGCCACAAACAAAUCUUGUGGACGAUUUAGAAGAAAUGCCUUCUCCUCAAGAUUUUUGGAGAAAGUAUGUGCUACCAUCCAGAGCUGUUGUUUUACGUGGUGCUGCUAAACACGCAAAAGCUUUCACGGAAUGGACAGAUAAAUACAUCAGAGAAAAGUAUGCCGACUUGGAGAUUCGACUGGAGGGAAAAAAGGAAAAGAGUUCUAAAGUUCCUGUCGGGGCUAAAGGAGUUGGAAGAGACACAAUUGGUACGUUAAACAUGCUGCUUUUAUUUUGGUUUCCUCAGGUGAGGUCUCAGCUGACUCAUCGUUUGCUUACAUGUAAAUUAGUCAUUCAAGCAUUUUUUCUCGUAUAAAGACUCAGCAUUUUAAUGAUCAUGCUGUUAAGAGAUUAAUGAACUAAAUGUAUGACCUACUUAAGUAUUCAUGAAAGAGUUCCUACGUGAACUGUAUCACUCUUUACUCCUUUUGAAAUAAGUUGAAAAUGAGACCAAUGUAUUUAAGAAUAUCCGGCCACAAUAACAUAUAUUUAUCAACCGCCUUUAAUCACAUUGUAUAUGGAACGAAAACAUAUUAAAGCAAGAGGAGCCAUAUUAAAAUGUUCAAUGAUCUGAAAACAGGUCACGGUGUGACAAGUGGUCAGCUGGUAAUCGAAAGCAGGUGCUUAAAUGAAAGUAUAAAAAGCAAAAAAUAAAACAAAAACAAAAAAAAAAUAGCUUAGAAUAAAAUGAAAUAAAAUAAAAUAAAACAGAACAAAACAAAACAGAAAACAUUUGGUUAGUUUAGUUAGUCAUAAAUACAAUCUCUAUUUCCCUCCUUGUGAAGAUUGCAAUAUUCAGGUUUGUGUAGGUAAUGUUUCUUUACUGUGACUGUUACUAUGAUACAGUGUAGGUCACCAGUUUCUUCCAAAACAGGGCUCAAAAAAGAGCCAUCUAGUACUGCAGGACCAGUAGAUGUUAUUGCUGUACAACCGAGUGACUUUUAAUCAAGCUUUCUUACCAUAUGGGCAAGGGUACAGGCGAGUUGAUCAUCCUUUAAGAAAAUCCUUAACUAAGGCAAGCAAGAAGUGGCCCCUGGCAGGCAAAAUGUGAGAGCUGCCGGCCCAAAGGACAAGCUGAAAUUCAAGUUUUUUUUGGUAGUUUAAAAAACAAAGCACUGGAAAACGAAGACCGAAGCAUGAAGCACCCAAAUCUCGAAAAAGGAGCACCCAAACUCGAAAACGAAGCACCCAAGACUCGAAAAUGAAGCACCUAAAUCUCAAAAAUGAAGCACCCGAAGCUCGAAAACGAAGCACCCAAGUCUCGAAACCUGUCUGUCCUUUAAAAACACGAGACAGUCCCUUGCCAAGUCACCAAAUAAAAAUGCUAUUACAGCAUGAAUCAAGCAUGAUAACGAAUAAGUGAAGAACGUAGUUCAAGGAUUCCCAGUUCAAAACUAUUCAAUCAGAACCGCGAGGUAUUGCAAAUGCAUUUCUGCUGUCCUGGCUAAGGUAUGUGUCACACUACCUUGCAGUAGAAAUCUGUCAUCAGUGGACAUUACUAUGUGCGACCCUGAGUUUUCAGGUUGGAAAAAACUUUGAAAAUCGGCAAAAACAUCAAAGAAGCCGAUUUGUGGCAUAAAAAGCACGUCUCCAGGCUUUGCCCCACUGACUGCCUUCUCCCUUCUCUCCAAUAGGUUAACUCUCCAUUUUUUUUUUUUGCUCCCUUUAUUUUAAAAUUCUCCACUUUCCCACCAUGGAGCCUGGUUCCAGGCUAUUACCUGAGAACAAAUUCUGCCUGGAUUUGAUUUGGGUAUCAUGCAGUGUCAUAGAUACCCAAUAUGUCGUCAUAAACAUGUGUGUACAUGUAUGUGCACCGAAAAAAUGCAUAUUAAGAUGAUGUAUCAAGUAUCGUGAUACUAAUAAUACUGGACUUCCUAUCUAGAAACGUUCAGUUAAACAGUUCACGGGCUUAAAAUAAAAACUCGGGAUGGAUUUGUGGACCUUUGGAGGUGCGGACGCAUGCGUUGCCUCCACCUGGUUCGUCUUGCGUCAUGCAAAACUUUAAGUUGUAGUUCUUCAACCUACAGGGGUUUCGAGAUUUGGGUGCUCCGUUUUCGAGCCUUGGGUGCUUCGUUUGCUAGGUCUGGGUGCUUCGUGCUUCGGUCUUUGUUUUUGAGUGCUUCGUUUUCGAAACUACCAGUUUUUAAUAACCAAAAAUUCAAAAUGUCCCUGAUUUGGUCAUUACAAAUAAUUUUAAAUACAAUUUAAAAAUGUUAAAGUAACCAAGGAUGAAGUUGAACCACAACAACUAGCAAUACAUGUAUAUCAUAGCAGAUCUGCCAACUCUCACAAUUCUGCCUUGAGUCUUACGUUUUUUUGUCUUUUAUCAUGGCCUCAUGACAACACUCCCAAUCUCACAGUUUUUUGGGGAAAUUUUUCCUUGUGGAGUAAAAUGGAAAUCCAGUGGGGAAUGUUAGUGCCUUUUUAAUCCUUGUUGGAAGCUAACAGUUUUGUCUAACAUUUUUUUAGUGGCCAUGAUUAGUUGGCUAAUCAGGAAGAAAUGACUCAUCGCUGUAACUGAGUUUCAUCCUUUUUUGUUUAGCGAUGGCCUCAGCAGGGGUCACCGUGACAAAUAAAGCAAGAUAAUGUUUAAGUAAACACCCGACCCCCCAAUAGGAAAAGGGGUUGCUAAAUAUUGAUAGGGUGGAAAAACAGAGUCUAUCUACUCUUUGUAGAAUCAGAUUUUUUUCAUGAGUCUCCAGAUUUUCCUUUAUCAGGGGUUGGCAGAUCUGUCAUAGACAUGAGACAUAAACAUUUCUCUCUUUUGUUUAUUAGGAAACUUUAUCAACAAUUACCAUGAAGAAGGCAAUAAUCUGUAUGUUGUCUCUGAGUUACCCACCCCCAUGUGGCAAGAUGUAACAGUCAUUCCCCCUCUGACCUGUGGCCUCUUGAAAGAUCGACUUGUAGAGGUUGACUUGUGGAUGAGUGGGGGAGGUACCAAGAGUAUUCUUCACAAGGAUGCUUAUAAUGCAAUCAACUGUUUAUAUAAUGGCACAAAAGAAUGGAAAAUGAUUGAGUACAAGUACGAGGAUAAGAUAUACAAGGCAUGGGAGCCUCCCCAAAUGGUUGGUGGAUAUUCGCGGUUAAAUGUUCACGCAGUUGACUUGUUGAAGUAUCCUAAAGUCUCUGAAGUUCCUUGGUCGUUUGUAACAGUCCAUGCUGGUGAUUGUCUUUUCUUACCAAAGAGUAAGUGAUUCCUCAUCAAUUUUGUACAACUGAGUCAUACAAUUUUAGAGCAUGCACACCUUAACUGGUUGAACCUGACCCUGCUACAAUAUCCCUUGUAUAACCACUUGCCAGUGACAUCGUAAUAAUUAUUAUUGUUCUGGACAGCUGCAACUUUAAUCCACAUGUACUUAACUUGUUUAAAGGACAACAGACAAGACAGCAUUUUUAUUCACAGUGUCUAGGUAAAAUACGAGAAAUUAUGAAAGUGCAGAAAACUGUAUGGAACAAAUAAAGAUUAAUAUAUAACUACAUGAAAGAAAAUGUGCAAGCUUUAAAUAAUUAUUAGUGUGCAACAGCCAAAGUAGCAAUGCUCUUGAAUUGGCUGCUGCUUAUUUGCAAAUACGUAAAGGAAACAAAGAUGAAAUAAUAAAAUACUAAUAAAUAUUUAACUAACUCAUCGGGUAAAAGAGGAGCUAUGAAAAUGUAAAAAGAUCGAGGCCCAGCAAAAGGAAAAGUGCAAAUACUAUAAGUUGAAUAUCACACGUGGCAAGUUUUGUGCCUAAGGUUUACUGUUGAAACUUUAUUGUUGUGUGGGGUGACGAUACUAUUAGAAAAGCCAGGGUUUGAGCUAGGAUUUGAUCACUGGGGGACAAUUUGUCUCCUUGGCUAAAUUUUUGGGGAACAUUUUCAUUUUUAGGGGGACAGAAAUUUGUACACCCUUCUGCUGAUGCAAAGGGGUUUGUCUUCUUAGCAGGGCUUCUGAUAGGUCUCGGAAGAAAAAGUCAAAUUUCGCGGGAUUUUUAGGGACAAAUUCGCGGAAAAAUCGGCCGAUUGCGCAGGAGUUUUCGGGGCAAACUUCAACGAAAAGCAAUCGGUAAAAAACGACCGAUUUUGUGGUUAUUUUCAAGGCAAAUUUCGCUAGAAAUCGAUCGGUUUUGCGCUGAUCAGAUCAGCCUUUUUAACGUUUUUCUAACAGAGCUCAUCAUUUGCUCUUUCAACAACAAUAUGCUCCAGAAAUGAACCGAUGGCAAAGCCUUUAACAUCAUGGCUAGUGCCCAGUUUUUCGCAACGUAAUCUGUUUGCACGUUUCGGUGACGAAGUUCCAAGAUAAAUUUGCAAGUUUACGGCAAGUAAAUAGCCCCUAUAGCUGAAAUAUAAGUUUCAAAUAUGUUUUACAGACAUGUAUUUGAUAAGAUUUCUACCGAAUUUCGCGGUAUUUUUCGUGUUUUUGUGAAUUUCGCGGCUCCGCGACCGCGCGAAGAAUCAGAAGCCCUGUCUUAGAUUUCCGACAAAAAUAGCAGUAGAGUGUGACUGAAGCGUAACUUUGGAAUGAACUUUAAAGGUGCGAUAAAAUAUACUUUCCACGUUCUGUUUCAGCUUGCAGUUUCUGUACUGAAAUAAAUCUCUUUGUGUGUGCUUUCUUUCGAGUUUUUUCCCUAAAUUUUGAAGGGGACAAAUUGUCCCCUUGGCCGUUUUUUAAAGGGGCAAUUCCAAUUGCAGUGCGGGAUUGGCGCAAUGGCGCGGCCUGGCUCAAACCCUGGAAAAGCCUUGUGUUAUUGCUGUCAUCUAAAAUAAGACACACAAAAUUCACAGAAGUCUUCUUUACAUCAGUGCACUAGUAUUCUUUGUCGCAUUCAUGUUACACUAAUUCAAUCAUGGAAAGGCUAAAUUCGAAUGGCAGAACUUUUACCAAGGGCUGUGCACUUUCACAUGAUCUGUGAACGUAAUUUUUGAUGGUCGAUGAAAUAGUUAGAAAUGGUGGUGACAUAUAUAUCGGUUACUUUCCUGGUAAAUUUUCAUAUGUGGCAAAUGCUUUCAAAGUAAGUAGAACCACUGUCAUAAACUUAGAGCAGCCUCUACAUACAUAACAUAACAUUGAGUCAUGUCGAAAUAUUGGAGGAAACAACUCUGAUUUAUCUCACGACAAGGUGACUUGCAGUUUAUCAAGACUUCCAAAAGAGCAAGGCCGACUUCAUCACUGGGGGAAAUUUUCCAAUGAUUUAAACGAAUUUGGUGAUAUUCUUCCAAAAGGAACUUCCAUUUCCACGGAAUUUUGUUCAUUUGACAACAAUUAAUUUUGCUGUCUGGUUCCACGAACUAUUUAGGUGUCCCAAACUCUGCACAAUGAACCUACCUCUUUCCCUUCACAAUCUCUAGAUUUUAUAUUUUAAAGCACUACCGUAAUUUGUAUUAAUUAUAAUCAUUCUGUGUGAGUUUAAAUAAAAAUUGACUUGACUUGACUUGACUUGAAAAUUAGUAGUUAGUACCAGGAAAGAUUUAGUGUAGAAAAUAUGGCAUAUACUCAAUUAAUACAUUCCACCAUUUCCUCAAAAAACUGUAAAGAGAUUUUGUGCACACGCAAGACUGAUGGCAUCAGAAUCACAGGAUGUUUCCAAUGGAAACUAGUAUCAUCUGCACCGCUGACAACAGCAAAGUUUCAAUAGUAAAUUUCCCACUUGUUUUACUCAACUGAUAAUCGUAGUAAAUGGGGGAGGGGAAAAAAGGUGUUCUAGCAGUGCCUGGUAAAAGUCAAUGUAGCAGGGAAACUUGUUUGUCCUAAAACCAUCUUGACAUUUUGUCUUUUUCAUCUUUUUUUCUUCAAAAGCAGCAAUUUAGCGUUAGAAAUAAAGCCAGCUAGUGCUUAACUUGUAAACAAAGAUUUGGAUAUUUUGGUUCUUGUUGGCCGGAUAGUUAGCAAACUAAUUACUAAUGUCUAAGCCAUCGCAGUGACUAUAACUUGAGUGUGCACAGGGUUGUCACUAAGAUUUCAAGUUGCCGGGUAAAUACAACAAGUAGGAAGGGAAUCAAAUGGCUAGGGAUUUCUUUUGGUUCUAUUUUUCUCCUAUUUUCCAAUAAAAGUAACUAGGGGCCUCUCUCUUAGUAGGGGGGGAAAAUCCCCGGCCCCCGGCUCAUAAUGACAACCCUGGUGCAGAUUAUUUAAAUUAUUAUUUUAUCAAUACCAUUAUAACAACAGAAACAGUCCUUCUAUACUUGCCUGUUAUCUCCAGGGUUGUCAUUAAGAGCCGGGGGCCAGGGAUUUUCCCCGGCUGCUAAGUGAGUAGCCCCCAGCUACUUUUAUUGGAAAAUAGAACAAAAAUAGAACGAAAAGAAAUCCCUAGCUGUUUGAUUCCCCGCGUACUAGUUGUAUUUACCCGGCAACUUGAAAUCUUUGUGACAACCCUGUAUCUCCAUGAUUUUUUUUAUAAUUAUCUUUCCUUGUGAAGGUUAAUACAUUGUACCUGACGUGGUGUAAAUUAAUGUUUGUCAAAUGUUGUUUUCCAUAUUAUUUGUGAUUACUUAUGAGAGAUUUUCUUUAAUUAUAAUUAGGUUAUUAUCACCAAGUAACUUCAUAUGGAAGCCAAAAUACAGCCGUGGCAUUGCUGUUUGGACGACUGGAUGGAGUUACGGAUAUUGAUUUCACUGGAUGUGAUCAGCUGUUAAGUUUCAAACCAUUGAGUGAAAUGGAUGUAGAUUGGAAAUAUUCUGGACAUGGUAAUCUCAGCAUGGGAAAUACCGACUUGGAAACUGUUAGGUUGGUUGGUUGGUUAUAAUUAUUUUUAUCAUCUGACACCAUGUUGCAUUAUGGCAGCUGAUCAUAAGCCAUGGAAAUCUGGUUGUGCUAUAAUAGAAUGAUUUUAAUUCUCAGGUUGUGGAAUAUAUAAAUCAUCUUUCACGAAAUGUCCCUAGGGGUAGAGAGCAUUGAGAGGUGGCUGUAUUUGCAGGCUACUUUAACUUGACAGCAUAAAAAGGCAAUUUACUGGCUCCUUGUUAUACUUUUCCACCUUCUUCAAGAGUUAGUGUCCACCUAAAGAGAAAUUUUGUUACUUGUAACAUUCUGGCUAAGAUGUUCAUUUCUGACCUUAGAAACAAAGUAGACUGUUAGAUCAAGGUCUAAAAUUUAAGCAUUAUAGUGCUCACUGAUUCUCACAUUACUAAGCACACAUAAAAGGCACAUGUCUGACAAAAGCAGGGUCAGAAGCUAUAAUGUUUCUUGAAGCUUUGCUCUUUUAGAUUAGAAUUAUUAUGCAUUAGUCUUUAUUAGUUAAAUGUUGCUGUGAAUCUAAUGGCUGUAAAAUUAGAGUUAUUGUUAGCUACUCUAGAGAAAGUGUGACUUUACAAUAGACGCUUAAAAGACCCUUGUUGUGACAUGUUAGUUUUCUUAUAUCUGAAAAUAUCCCACUUUUAAAUUUCCUCGACAUAGCAUUGUUUUUGCACUUUGCAAAUGAGAAGGCCUGAGUCUAUAUAAAUGUUUUAUUUCAGGGAAGGAAUGCUGGAGUUUUUCGCUGAUGAGGAGAAAUUUGAUAAAGACCGAUUUCUUCGGAGAAGUGAAAAGAAAAUAAAGGUGUGUCCAAAUGAGCAACGCGGGUCAAAACUAAUUUGUAAUGAGGGAGUGCAAAAUCUGUUUGUUUUUUUACAGUACCCCAGGCUUAACAAUAUAUCCGAAAGUCAUUUGAGUGAUAAUGGGGAGCUCAAGAAAAGGGAUUUUUAAGCAACGCUCUUCAACUGGAAGGGAGGCGUAUGCGAACAAAUAAUUUGUAUCGCUGUCAAGUGUCUGUACUCUUAUAGAGACGAUUUUCCAGAAAAUUUAAGCAAAACCACUGCUCAAGAAUGCAAGAAGCGUACUUUUCGUUAUGUGCGUGGCACGGAAAUGCAUUUUCCUAAGCUUUCUAAUAAAAAAUAUUAAAUAGGGGGCUGGGGUUGGUGUAUGGCGGCACGAGAGAAGAAUUGUUGAGAGAAUUUUUCUUUUACCAACUCGGCCUGUUUUUGAAUCCUGAAGGGUAUGUGACGUCUUAUGUGGGUUGAGUCUUGGUUUUUGUUCUUUUUCUGAGAGGGUUUUCUCCAAGUACUGUGGUUUGCAAGUACUCGGGGCACUCCUUAAUAUCUGGCCUAAGUGGGUACAUCUGCUGAACAGGGUAUGUUUUUCAGGGUCUUGAGUCUUAAACAAUCUCGCUAUUUAGCUCCUUGAUCAGGGUGUCUUGUGAGACCGAAAGCCUUUAAAAGUGUGUGAGGCCUGGUGGUGAGCAGUCUACAUUUGUUGUACCAUCAAUUUUUUCCAGGAAAUCUGAUUCCAUGAUGUUAGUUUGAAAAAUUUCUUAAUCCAGUAGGCAAAGCGAAUUGAAUGAGGGCCAAAAAAGGACUCUUGUCUAAACCAGGGUAGUGAAAUGAGUAAUAUUUGUCUUGAAGAAGGUCAAGGUUUGAAGGCCCAAUACACUCUACUUUUUGUUCUAAUAUUCUUGGAGAGAGAGAGGAGAUUUAAAAAUUGAAAAUAAUAUUGUCGAUUGCUUUUCUUUCAGAAAAAGAUGUUGUACAGUUAUUUGGAUCGUGUGCAAGAGCAGGCUUUACUGGUAAGCACCAACACUCUAACUUGUACAGAGUUCUAACAACGCACCCAUUUCCAACCUCCAACUCUGACCUUUCUCUGAAAGUCAUGAAAGAUGUGUAUUCAUUCUACUGCCUCAUCAAAAAUCAUGGUCUUAAAGUAAUUGAUAACUAGAAAGUGUUUUAGAAUUGAAGACGCUGUUUUUACGUCUCCAGAAGACGACAGGACUUUCAUUCGUACUUGCUUAUCCCGGCCAUGCAAAGGUUGAGCCAUUUGCGGGACAAAGUACGCUAGGUACCAGAGGUUUUCUGUCGCGUGCUUCGGGAAGCGUCGGCGGCCGCAGGCCGACACAUCUUUGGCCGAAUGCCGAAGUCUCGAGCGGCGAAGCUUUUCGCGCGGAUCACUAUAAAGAUUUGACCGAAAGCGGAAAACCGCACGUUAAAAGUCCUUGGCACCCAGGGUAGUGAUAAAGGCAAUAUCUUCUUUUUUCAGUUUUUGUCCACCCCCUAGGAAAUUGAGCCCACGAUCUUGCACUGUGCAGUCCAUUACUCUGCUGGCUAAUAAUUUGCAAAAUUCAGCCUACAUUUUCUGCAGUCCAGCAGCAGAAAAGAGUUAGUUCUGGGUUCAUCCAGAAUGCGAGCAAUGCUUGCACUUAAUCUAAAGUUCUGGCGUAAGGCAGCUCGUAAAUGUGCCCUAUUUGAGUUUUUGCAUGAAAUCCCACGUCGAUGCAACUGCUCUCCUAGGAUGUCACUUUUUUCAAAGCCUGCGAUGUCAGAUUUUCAUGUCAGAUAGCACUUACAAGCUUUCGCAGUAUGGAGCGAGUGUGAAAACGGCGAGUGAGACUGCUAUCGGUUUUGCAGCCUAGAAAAAGAGUUGAUCAUAGAUUUACUUCAAAAUCCUGAACUUCACAGAUGUUCGAUCGCCUCGGGGGCAACAAGAAAGGAUUUGUAACCAAGGAUGAUGUAAGAAGAUUAAACCGUGAUGAGAUGAGAGCAAUUGUUCUUGCAAUUGAAGGAACGGAUGUUAGCAACACAGAAGAGGCAGAGUAUGGAGUUGUUGAUCCAGGAGAAAUUAGGUAAGAAAACAUCGGCUUGCAAUCAGCUUUCUUGCUAUUGGAAUAGGGGUGCGGAGACUAACAUGUCCACCCAUACUUGUAUGACUAACAUAUGGGCUACUAUGUGAAGCUCAAUCCACGAGCAAGCUCUCCAUUUGGUGUGGCGAGUGAAGCGAGUGGCAUUAUCUUUUGUGUGCCUCUCGCGCAUUACUUGUCGCAAUAUCUCGAAAAUGAGUGUGGACUUCUUUCUUGUUUUUGGCUUAUCCCAGUCGCUUUCAUAUUCACAGACAGGAAAAUCCAGGUGACGAGGUUAGGAUUACUUUCGUAGAUCUUUUGCUUGUGGAAAUUUUCAAGUAAAACCAAGAAUACCAAAGUCUCUUGGCAAAAAUUAUUAUCAAAGGCUAUGUCAUACUCUCUUUGCAGGAUGAAAGCAACUCUGAAGAACAUCUUGCUCCCUAAUAACUUUAGCCAGUUAACUUCUGACAAAGGAACGCCUAAAGUUUUAGUCCAUACUCAACUAAGAAUCGCUACAAUUUGUGCUAUUUAAACCGCCGUGGAAUUACUAAAUUAAAGGCAAAAGGAAAAACGAAAUGGAUUCAGCUGGCAGAUGUAGUAAAAUGAUGUCGGGUAACUGCAACCUGAUUUACUUACUUUGAUAUUUCGAAUAGAAGUCUCCGAUUCACUUAGUACUUUUAUUUAGACAUGUAGACACGUAUUUUAAAGUGUGCAUGUAAACUAUUUUUAGGAGCAUACUUCAAAACCUUGUGGUUCGUGAUGGACAAAUAUUUAAGGACGACUGGAUUGAAGCUUAUAUGGAGGUAAGACUCACAAAUUGAACAAAAAAUCCAGGUGAAAGUACAAAAGUAUUUUUUUUAAUGUAAAACGUGAAGAUGUCAUGGAAUUUGUUAACAAUCAGAGAGUCCCUUUUACGCCAAUGUUUCCGGCAACUUGCCUUUGCUGUAGUAUGUACAGAACAAGCUCAUGAUCUUGUUAUACAGCUGGAUUUUUUUCCUCAACACCGCGGUCUUAUAUUGGUUACUUCGAGGUCACAUGACAUCUAUUAAUAAAGCUGUUUCCCGCCAAAAUUUUCUGAGAGAACAAGACUGCAAAGUUGCUAAACCUUCUUUCUAUUAACUGGUCAUUAAGCGUCGAAGCCUCAAGAUAGUGGAUAGUUGUAAUGCAUCAGUACAUUCGUGUUGCACAUGUAUUCAAUACAGUUGAGCCUUUGCCAAGAACUGUGAGGUCAGCAACGUAGAGAAUGGAAUCGUUUUUUUAUACGAAACAAGAAUUCAACGUGUUUUAUACGGAAUAAUCUCUUUUUUCUGCUAUACAGGAAACAGGGGGAACGAAACACUUUGCAGAGAUGGUAAGCAAAACUACAUAUAACUAAGUGGUGACAAAUGUGUUAAGACAGACAUGGGUCUCAGAAAUUAUUAGCGGUUAGUCGAGGAGAUACGGUACGUUUUAGUGGUGAGGAGGAAUUUGAGCCAUGCUGUAGAACGGCAAUGGGUUAUUUUCGAGUUCCAAAAACCUUCACUUACAAAGGCUAAGGCCAAGGCUAAGUGCAAGUUUUAUGUGCACGACAAUGAAACUCAUUUCCCAAUAUCAAAGGCCUCAAAAUUACCCUCGUUUUGAGACUGAGGCUUGGGCUUAAUGGGAGUACGCCUGUCAUUGUCAUUUCGAAGUAACCAUUUCUCUCUCCGUGGGACCACCUGCAGCCUAGGCCAGCGCAACAUCCACUUUGUAACGAAAUGGGCAUGUCAAUCGUUGACGUCGCGAAUUCGACCUGGAGGGUUGUUUUUGGAGUACUUUUGUAGUUUUUUUUUACAGUUUCGCACUUCGUAUGGUGUGUUUGGAACUAACUUUGUGCAUCGUUUCAGAUAUUAAGUGUAGAGCGAAAAGAGCAGUUAUUAUUAUCAUUAUCAGUUAUCAUCAUCAUCAUCAUCGUCAUCAUCAUCAUCAUUAUUAAAUAUGUUGAAUUCAUUUCCAAACAGUUUUUCAGUAAAUUGCGUGAUGAUACCAGUAUAUCAGACAAGGUCACCAAAGAGGAAAUACAGAGAAACCUUGUCCGUGCGUUACAGAGAUAUAUGGACUGGCAACAAGAACCCGAGAUUCCCCCGGGACAGGACAGCCCCGAACCGCAAGAUGCUUACAGAGAAGACGACGAAGACCGUGAAGAGGAUGAACAAGAGGACGAUGAAAAGAUGGAAGCAACAGUGGAAACAAAACAUGAAGAGUUAUAAAACGAAUUUUUUUAAAAUACAAGUAACUGCAACCUUCUGCCCAGGGAUUUCCUCCGCGGUCUCUGCCAAACAGAAAACCCUUGUGACGAGGUUAGAAUUACUUUCGUAGAUCCUUUGCCUGACAUUUUCAUUUGACACUAAGAAUAAACUUUAUUGGUAAAAAUUAUAGCGAUUCGCUGUUGCGUAUUAACUAAAAACAUUGGCAAUCCUUUUGUAGAAUUUGAGCAAGGGUUAUUCACAAAGGCUAUGCAAGUCCCUGUCAGAGAACAACAUUUUGCGUCCUAAUAUUUAAGUAACACAAGAAGUAUAAAAGGAAAUAAGCUUUGUUAUUUUGGUUUAAUUGAAAACCAGUUUCAAAACUAUGAAAAAUUUUUCUCAAACUAUCUCUUCUAAUUGCACAAUCAUAGAAACAUGUUUGUUUCUGUUUAGAUUUCUAGUGUUUCCUAAAUAUUAUAAGAACUGAGCAAGAUGUUCGUCGGGGUUGUUUCCAUCCUAUUGCUUCCCUUGUUUUCAUCAUUUAUUAACCGUCAGAGUUCGAGAAUUUACAGUGGCAGGCUUCUGCUCUUUGAGGGGCUCGUUUCUUACAAAAACUUGGAUGGCCUUUCGAUGCCGAAGAGCCGCCCUAUCACCCUCCUGAAUCUAAAUUCAUUUCUUUUUGGUUUUUGGAAACUAACUUGACGGAAUAAGAUAGGUUAAGUUUUGAAGUCAAGAGCUACAUCCUCACCGUAUAGUUUCCAGAAGUAUGAUCAAAGGUUACGGCCGCAGUCGUCUGUAGCGACGAAUCUAGCCUGUAUUCGAAGGCUAUGCUGAAUCUUGCAGAGUGCGUUCGAAGACUCCAGGGCAUUUUUCCUUAUCCUCGCCCCCACGCAGGCGUUUUUAGGGGAGUUCGUAUUUCGCCGCAAGGGACGUCUUUCCCACGCUAGCGACGAGGAAAGUUGCGAGGGGUAACCCGACGGCACGCGAUUCAUGAAACUUUAAGAAAACCUUCAUGACCUGAAUCUUGCAGAGUGCGUUCGAGCAAUUUCGACUCCAGGGCAUUUUUCCUUUAGCACGUUGAUAUAAUGAUGACAUUCACCCUCGUAAAGUCUGUUGGGAUACCAGCGACUUGUUUCAAAAUCCUUCCAAUCAGUGAACGGUGAUUGUACGUAAAUCUCGCCAGUCUGUAUAAGGAGCGUGUUCUGGCACUCUAAACACAAUGGAAAUGAACAAGUAGAUGGUGUACUAUAUGCUUCGUAGGCCCAGUUCAAAGGUCGAUGUUUUCGUGCACCGAACCCAAUUCCUUUCAAUUAAGAACAUCGACGUUUGAAUCAGUUAAGUGGGACGUAUCUAAUUUGGAUCGAGUAGCCCACAUGGAAAUUUCGACUGUGGAGCGACUUCGUUCAUGUGCCGAACCAAACGCAUAAAUUACUAUAAUUUAUUUUCACUGGUAAGCAUUAUAGACCAUUCUAUAUCUCGAAAAUGAAUUGAGUCCGGCUAAUUAAGUUCGACGUCUGAAUCACCCGUCAAACUUGUAUCACUUGGGUCGGUACAUGAAAAGUUCGACGUUUGAACUGGGCCUUAAUUAAAUGCUAUCUGUAUUACUUUUUUAUUAGCGACUUUCACAUCUGACUAGGAGUACGAAAAUGAGUACGAAUACGACUACACGAACAAUUUGAAGCUUAUUCAUCCCCAGAACGGCGUAUAACUCUCUCCAGUUGUUGAUGAGCCAUUAAAAAACGUUGAGGAUAAGAUUUGUGUGAUAAGUAAUUAUACCAGGCCAAGUAGUUGACUUGCAAAUUCGUACACUUUUUCUCAAUCUCUUAGACGUAGUCCGAUCUACAGAAGACUAUUAGUAUGGCCUCCGAGAGGGUUCACUUGUGCGAAUUCGCGGAAAAUUUUGGCGGCGGAGCCGCCAAGCAGCAAAGAAAAGUAAAUUUUCCCCGAAUUAGCACAAAUGAACCUUCUCGCACGCUGCUGUUAGUAUAUUGUGUGAGAUAUAGCUUCGAGCCCGAAAAGGUAUCGGGGCGUUCGAAAAACGAACCAAAUCGUGCAACGGAGUAAAAUAUUUAUUAACUGUUAGUAUUUAUAGAAAUAGCAGGAAGUAACUAUUUAAACUAAAAAUACAUUGCAAGAAUUAAUAUAUUUCAUUAUUUGUUCAAAUACAAUAAUUAGGCGUGACAAUUUCUCUUUACAUACAUUGUCAUUUUGAUACAAAAACUAAUUAUUAUGCUUUCUGUGUUGGGUUUGCCAUCGACAUUAAGUCAUGUAACAGUCUCGCAGAGGACAUUGAUAGUGAAGUGUUAAUGUAAAGUCAGUUAACGAUUAAAUAAAGGA